AUGAGUUCAAAAAACGUUGGAAGUGAACAGAGAGAAGAAAUUAAACUGAGAAAGAAGGAAAUAGAACCACAGCUAGACCUAGAGCUGAAGCUAAAACUCGAGCUAGAGUUAGAGCUAAACCUAGACCUAGAGCUGAAGCUAGAGCUGGGACUAGAGCUAGAGCUAGAGCUAAUAGAAUUAGAGUUAGAGCUAAUAGAAUUAGAGCUAGAGCUAAAGCAAGAGCUAAAGUUAGAGUUAAAGCUAGAGCUUAAACUAGAACUAGAGAUAGAGGUAGAGGUAGAGCAAGAAUUAGCACUAGAGCUAGAACUAGAGCUGAAACUAGAGCUGGAACUAGAUCUAGAGAUAGAGCUGGAGCUGGAAUUAGAGCUUGAACUAGAGUUAGAGCAAGAGCUGGAGCUGCAACUAGAGCUAGAGCUGAAGCUGGAACUAGAGCCAGAGUUAGAUCUAAAAGCACUAGAGCUAGAGCUACUAGAACUAGAGCUGGAGCUAGAGGUAGAGAUAGAGCUGGAACAGGAACUAGAGCUAGAGCAAGAGUUGGAGCUUCAAGCAGAGCUAGAGCUGGAGAUGGAACAGAAACUAGAGCUAAAGCUGGAGCUAGAGCUAGGGCCAGGACUAGCGCAAAUAGAACUAGAGCUAGUGAUACGAGCUAUAGCUAAAGCUAGAACUAAAGCUAGAGCAAAAUCAAGAGCUGGGUUAAAGCUAGAGGUAGUGCGAGAGCUAGAGCUAGAGCUAGAGCUGGACCUAGAGUUAGAGAUAGAGCUGAAGCAAGAACUAGAGCUAGAGCAAGAUAUAGAACAGGAACUAGAGCUAGAGCAAGAGCAAGAGCUGGAGCUAAAACUAGAGCUGGAGCUAGAGCUAAAGCUAGAGCUAAUUAGAGAUAGAGAUAGAAGAGAUAGAGAUAGAGAUAGAGAUAGAGAUAGAGAUAGAGAUAGAGAUAGAGAUAGAGAUAGAGAUAGAGAUAGAGAUAGAGAUAGAGAUAGAGAUAGAGAUAGAGAUAGAGAUAGAGAUAGAGAUAGAGAUAGAGAUAGAGAUAGAGAUAGAGAUAGAGAUAGAGAUAGAGAUAGAGAUAGAGAUAGAGAUAGAGAUAGAGAUAGAGAUAGAGAUAGAGAUAGAGAUAGAGAUAGAGAUAGAGAUAGAGAUAGAGAUAGAAAUAGAGAUAGAGAUAGAGAUAGAGAUAGAGAUAGAGAUAGAGAUAGAGAUAGAGAUAGAGAUAGAGAUAGAGAUAGAGAUAGAGAUAGAGAUAGAGAUACAGAUAGAGAUAGAGAUAGAGAUAGAGAUAGAGAUAGAGAUAGAGAUAGAGAUAGAGAUACAGAUAGAGAUACAGAUAGAGAUACAGAUAGAGAUAGAGAUAGAGAUAGAGAUAGAGAUAGAGAUAGAGAUAGAGAUAGAGAUAGAGAUAGAGAUAGAGAUAGAGAUAGAGAUAGAGAUAGAGAUAGAGAUAGAGAUAGAGAUAGAGAUAGAGAUAGAGAUAGAGAUAGAGAUAGAGAUAGAUAUAGAGAUAGAGAUAGAGAUAGAGAUAGAGAUAGAGAUAGAGAUAGAGAUAGAGAUAGAGAUAGAGAUAGAGAUAGAGAUAGAGAUAGAGAUAGAGAUAGAGAUAGAGAUAGAGAUAGAGAUAGAGAUAGAGAUAGAGAUAGAGAUAGAGAUAGAGAUAGAGAUAGAGAUAGAGAUAGAGAUAGAGGUAGAGAUAGAGAUAGAGAUAGAGAUAGAGAUAGAGAUAGAGAUAGAGAUAGAGAUAGAGAUAGAGAUAGAGAUAGAGAUAGAGAUAGAGAUAGAGAUAGAGAUAGAGAUAGAGAUAGAGAUAGAGAUAGAGAUAGAGAUAGAGAUAGAGAUAGAGAUAGAGAUAGAGAUAGAGAUAGAGAUAGAGAUAGAGAUAGAGAUAGAGAUAGAGAUAGAGAUAGAGAUAGAGAUAGAGAUAGAGAUAGAGAUAGAGAUAGAGAUAGAGAUAGAGAUAGAGAUAGAGAUAGAGAUAGAAGGUGCGCUAGUCCCGGCAGAACAAUCACCAGCGAUGCUAGAAACAAUCAUUCAGGGGCUCUCCCAAACCACGAACCAAGUCCCUGGCCUCCGGCUGACGAGACACCACCAUCCGUGAGUGACGGCACUCGUGCAAAGGGAGACGAUGCGGUAAGGGUGACAGAAAAUGAAUUGAUCGAGAUAGCAAACUCUCUAAAGAUAGGCAAGGCACCGGAACCAGAUGAAAUCCCGAAGACGGUCAUCAAGGAAGCCGCUGGGUUGUUCAAGGCGGUCUUGCAUAAAUUCCUUGACGACUGCCUCUUCCCGGACGUGUGGAAGCGCCAGAGGCUAGUGCUGUUGCCGAAAGUCGUGAAAACACCAGGUGACCCAUCGGCAUACAGACCAUUUUGCCUGCUGGAUACGGCGGGCAAGGUGCUUGAGAAGGUUAUCCGCCUUAGCGCUACAGAGCCUCAGAGUGUCGUCGGCGCUGUACAAGAUUCUGGGUAA